AUGCAAGGCCCCUGGCUGACCGAUAAGUGGGGUAAGAAGGCGGGUAAGUGGAAGGCGGGUAAGUGGGGUAAGGCGGCGAGUAAGUGGGGUAAGAAGGCGGCGAGUAAGUGGGGUAAGAAGGCGGCGAGUAAGUGGGGUAAGAAGGCGGGCAAGUGGGGUAAGAAGGCGGGCAAGUGGGGUAAGAAGGCGGGCAAGUGGGGUAAGAAGGCGGGUAAGUGGGGUAAGAAGGCGAGUAAGUGGGGUAAGAAGGCGAGUAAGUGGGGUAAGAAGGCGGGUAAGAAGGCGGGUAAGUGGGGUAAGAAGGCGGGUAAGUGGGGUAAGAAGGCGGAUAAGUGGGGUAAGAAGGCGAGUAAGUGGGGUAAGAAGGCGAGUAAGUGGGGUAUGAAGGCGAGUAAGUGGGGUAAGAAGGCGGGUAAGUGGGGUAAGAAGGCGAGUAAGUGGGGUAAGAAGGCGGGUAAGAAGGCGGGUAAGUGGGGUAAGAAGGCGAGUAAGUGGGGUAAGAAGGCGGGUAAGUGGGGUAAGAAGGCGAGUAAGUGGGGUAAGAAGGCGGGCAAGUGGGGUAAGAAGGCGGGUAAGUGGGGUAAGAAGGCGGGUAAGUGGGUUAAGAAGGCGGGUAAGUGGGGUAAGAAGGCGAGUAAGUGGGGUAAGAAGGCGGGUAAGAAGGCGGGUAAGUGGGUUAAGAAGGCGGGUAAGUGGGGUAAGAAGUCGAGUAAGUGGGUUAAGAAGGCGGGUAAGUGGGGUAAGAAGGCGAGUAAGUGGGGUAAGAAGGCGGGCAAGUGGGGUAAGAAGGCGGGUAAGUGGGGUAAGAAGGCGGGUAAGUGGGGUAAGAAGGCGGGUAAGUGGGUUAAGAAGGCGGGUAAGUGGGGUAAGAAGGCGAGUAAGUGGGGUAAGAAGGCGGGUAAGAAGGCGGGUAAGUGGGGUAAGAAGGCGAGUAAGUGGGGUAAGAAGGCGAGUAAGUGGGGUAAGAAGGCGGGUAAGAAGGCGAGUAAGUGGGGUAAGAAGGCGGGUAAGUGGGGUAAGAAGGCGGGUAAGUGGGGUAAGAAGGCGGGUAAGAAGGCGAGGAAGUGGGGUAAGAAGGCGGGUAAGUGGGGUAAGAAGGCGGAUGGAUGA